GCAGACCUCAUCUCUGCUCAGCACCUGUCCCAGCAUGGCUGGUCCAGUGCAGUCGGGCAAGUCGGCUGGUAGCCGCCUGAAGCCAGUGUCAGACUCUCUGGAAAGCGUGGGGUUCGUAUCCAAGGGGGACAGGAAGCUUCUGGAUCUCAAAGCCCAGGAGGAUUACUACAACAAGAUUGUAGAACGGUACAUGCGUUUCUGCGCUCAUCAUGCCAAGGACCUUGACGCGGCUUUUGCCUCUCUCCCCACCACCCCCUCCGGUGACCCUACAAGAAACCCGCCUGCAGCAUCUCGUCCCUACCCCAAAGCGAAGCAGGUAAAGGGUCAAAUCCCCCCACCAUCUGUUGAGCUGUCCACCAUCCUCCUCUCCCUUCGCAAGCUGAGAGAAGCCCUUUUAGCGACAGCUUCCACCACUCCCGUUUCCUUCUCCCAGCGGGUCCAUAUGUUCUCCAUCCGAAUCUCUAUUCUCGCUCAGCACCCGCCGUCAUAUUUCCCUUCCCUUCGCUACCUUCUUGAUAAAUUGCACUCGCCCUCCCAUCCACUACCCGAGUCUGAACUAAAGGAGUUCUUCUUGUACUUGAUUCUUGAUUAUGCUUGUCGACAGAGCGACAUGGUUGCUGCGUUCGAACUGCGUUCCCGUGCCCGGAGCAAAUAUGCUAUUAGAUCACAGACAAUUGACAGCGUACUAGCCGCUCUCAUGCAUGAUAACUGGGUCGUGUUCUGGCGCGUCCGGAAGGGCGUUGAUUCAUAUAUCCGAGCUGUUAUGAACUGGGCAGCAGAUCGGGUCAGGAGACAUGCCCUGAAGGCAGUUGGUAGUGCAUAUCUCAACGUCGACGUGGCAUGGGUUAUCGAGGGCUGCACUGGAGAUAGGGAUAGCUGGUCAUGGGAGAAGCUGGUAGAAGUGGAAAGGCUCGGCUGGCAGAAGGAAGACGAUAAGAUUAUCAUUAGAAGGCCGAGGCGGCGGCCUGAAAAGAAACUCGAUCCAAUCAAGGAAUCUGCAUAA